AUGAGCAUUCCUCGGAUGGCAUCUUCAUUUCCAUAUCUUCUUGACAGCCUUUUAGCACUUUCAGCUUUACAUCUUGCGUCGGCUGAAGAAGAAAACCGAGCUUCAUGGCUGGAUUCUGCACUUCAUUACCAAGGUCAAGCAUGCUCUGGCCUGGGAAAAGUUGUUUCAGACCUCUCUCCUCCAAAUUAUGAGCCCGCAUUCGUGGCUUCCAUCUUCAUUCUCCUCCUCACCCUGGGGUUCAAAGCUAUCUCCCUCGACAGUCCACCACAGGACCCGGUGUCGGUGAUACUCGAAGUUCGAAAUUUGAUAUCUGGGCCGGCGAUGAUUUUUAACCGAAUCAACACAGAUGGUGGUGGUGGACAGUUGGCGGGGUGGUUGUGUGUUCCUGACACACAGGAAAGCCUGGAGGGUGGGAGGCAUUUCAAUGGCAGUGCCCCUGAAGAAGAUAACAAGAAAUUGUUCCGUCUCCAUGAGUAUGUUUCAAUGGUCGCAGACUGCGGAGAGAACCUCGUCGCAUCGCUCAACAAACUAUUAUCCACCAUCGAUACAAAAGAAGACUCAAAGAAAGGUAUUUACCGAGGCACAUGGCAGCUUUUAUAUCAAGCCAUCGAGCCAUGGCCGAAAAUCGGACCGCAGGGUGGUGUUAUAGCAUGGCCUCUGUUUCUCAGUGACGAGUUCUGCUCACUUCUUCGAAACGAGGAGUGGAUUGCCCGUAUCUUGUUUCUUCAUUAUGGCCUUGCUAUGCGGCUUAUGUGUAAUCGUUGGUACGUGCGGGACUGGGGCCGCCGGCUGGUCAUGGCCACUCUGGAACCGCUGAACGAGAUUCCGCAGGAGUGGAAUGAUACUAUCGCGUGGAUUAGGAAGGCGGCACAGAGCGAUGAUUCAUAA